GAAACCUCUGCUCACUCUGCCCCAGAGUUCUGCUGUUCUAAGUGUGGCCUGUGGACCAGCAGCAUCGGCUGGCCUGGGAGACUGUUAGGAACGUGGAAUCCUGUCUCUACCCCAGACCUACUGACUCAGAAUCUCUGGAUCCCAGGAACUGGCUGCAGGGAGAAGCUGCCAGAACGGGGCAAGGGUGUCCUCCUGCCGACUGUGGGGCUCUUCUGGGCUGCCCUGCAGAAGGAAGGACCCGAGUCAGGGGCAAUAGGAGCAAAGGGGCUGCGGGCGCCUGCAGGGACCACACGGACCCACCUGGGGGGUCAGGCUGAAGCCGCUGAGCAGGUCUUUGGGCAGGGAGACCUCCUGGUCCUGCCGGCAGACGGCUGGAGCUGGAACAGAGGCGGCAUCUCUGGGGGAUGGGGGGUUCUCACAGGACAGGCUCAGCUGUGCUGCCCGUGGCUCCAGAUCAUAGUGCUGGGUCAGCAUCUCUGCAAACGGUCCCCUGGCCACCAUCUUGAAUCAGUGCCGGGCACAGAGACUCUGCACACGGCCCUCAGAGCUGAGGUGUCGGCACAGCCAUUUCACACCAGGGAGUCUUGUCCGAAGGACCAGGAGCGAGGCUUCUGCGCGAGGUGCCCUAGUGGCUUACAGCUCAGGAAAGCAGCUUACUCAACUAGAUCACUAGUUUAUUAUAAAAGGAUUCAAGUCAAGAACAGCCAGAUGGAAGCGAUGGAGAGCAAGAGUUUGCAGCCCAGUGCGGGGCGCCUGGGGUCCUGCUCCCCGAGCCGUGAGGUUCCCCCACCGCCUCCAUCAGCGGCACCUGCAGCCUCACCUCACACCUGCGUGUGGCCCCGGCUGCCCUCACCCCACGGCCCUCGGCCCGCUCGGGUCCAGGCCAGCAAGAUGCAGCCGGUGUCCCCUGAGGAGAAGCCCAACCCGCCGCAGAAGGCAAACGUCUGCUCGCGGCUGUUCUGGUGGCUAAACCCCUUGUUUAAAAUUGGUCACGAACAGAAAUUAACACAAGAUGACAAGUACUUGGUGCUUCCAGAAGAUUGCUCCCAGCACCUUGGAGAAGAGCUGCAAGGGUACUGGGAUCAGGAAGUUUUGAGAGCCAAGACACACAAACGGGAGCCUUCUUUAAUGAAAGCAAUUGUAAAGUGUUACUGGAAAUCCUGUCUAGUUUUAGGAAUCUUUACGUUUCUUGAGGAAGGCACCAAAGUAGUUCAACCCAUCUUUUUGGGGAAAAUGGUUAGUUAUGUUGAAAACUAUGAUCCUGCCAAUUCUGCUGCUUUGCACGAAGCCUACGGCUACAUGGCAGGGCUGAGCGCCUGCGUGCUCGUGUGGGCUGUUCUGCACCACAUUUACUUCUUCCACAUUCAGCGUGUCGGGAUGAGGCUGAGAGUAGCCGUGUGCCAUAUGAUCUACCGCAAGUCACUUUGCCUGAGUAGCUCGGCCAUGGGGAAGACCACCACAGGCCAGAUAGUCAACCUGCUGUCCAACGAUGUGAACAGGUUUGAUCAGGUAACGAUGUUCCUGCACUAUCUGUGGGUGGGGCCACUGCAGGCUGUCGCAGUGACUGCCCUGCUCUGGAUGGAAAUAGGAAUGUCAUGUCUUGCCGGGAUGGCAGUUCUCAUUCUUCUUCUGCUUUUGCAAAGCUGCUUCGGGAUGUUGUUUUCAUCACUCCGGAGUGAGACUGCAGCUCUCACAGAUGACAGGAUCAGGACCAUGAGUGAAGUUAUAACUGGCAUCAAAACAGUAAAAAUGUAUGCUUGGGAACAGUCAUUUAUAGACCUUAUUACCAGAUUGAGAAGGAAAGAAAUUUCCAAGAUUCUGAAAAGUUCCUACCUUAGGGGCAUGAAUUUGGCAUCAUUUUUUGCUGUAAGCAAAAUUAUGAUUUUUGUCACCUUCAUCACCAAUGAGCUCCUUGACAACCUGAUCACAGCCAGCCGAGUGUUUGUGGUGGUGACGUUGUUCGAGGCUCUGCGGUUCUCGAGCACCCUCUACUUCCCCAUGGCCAUCGAGAAGGUGUCAGAGGCCGUCGUCAGCAUCCGAAGAAUCAAGAAUUUCUUAUUACUUGAUGAAAUACCACAGGUCAACACUCAGCUGCUGUCAGAUGGUGAAGUGAUGGUGGACAUGCAAGAUUUCACUGCUUUUUGGGAUGAGGAAUCAGAAACCCCAACCCUACAAGGCCUUUCCUUUACUGUCAGACCUGGUGAACUGUUAGCUGUGGUCGGACCUGUGGGAGCAGGAAAGUCCUCACUGUUAAGCGCUCUGCUGGGGGAGCUGCCCCCAAGCCAGGGGAAGGUCAGUGUGCUCGGGAGGAUCGCAUAUGUUUCUCAGCAGCCCUGGGUGUUUCCAGGAACUGUGAAGAGUAACAUUUUAUUUGGGAAGAAAUAUGAAGAAGAACGAUAUGAAGAAGUAAUAAAGGCUUGUGCUUUGGAAGAG